AUGAUCAUAGGACCGAAUUCUGGGAAGAUGAAAAGUCAAAAGCCCAGAUAUAAUGCUUACCCUCUACAUUAUUAUUGGUGGGUUGCCGUCCAUCUAAUGCCCACUGAUAAACAUUCCACACAGCAUUCGGAAACGUCGGAUCACGUCGCUCAGUUCACGAUUAUAUUCUGCAAAGUUUUUUCUAUGCUGUUCAACUACUUGAAACAAAAAUUGUUUCUGCUCUGCGUCUUUGGUGAUUGUUUCAUUGAAAUGUUGUACCAACGCUACUCCCCGUUCUGCAGAGUCAUUGAUGCAAACCAGAUUCUUUACAAACACUGCUGCAACUUGGAAAGAAGGAGUAUCUGA